GCUGAUAUCGUCUUGAUCGGAAGAUAAGAUAAGAUCUUUGCAUUUUGGAGGCUGCAUUUACUCUCACAUCAUGACUACCACGACUUCUGAAGAAAAAACGCCAUACCACAAUGAAUAUGACGAAAACGAUGAGAAACAACGCAGGAUCUCGCUGGCGGACUCAGUUGCUGGCACCGAUGAAGAGCUCAUGGCCGUGAGGAGCCAAGCCUGGGGCAAGAACGGAUUGAUCUAUAUGUGGAUUGGCAUUGGUCUCAUGUGGACCAUCUUCGAGCUCGACAAUGCGACCGUAUACAACUACCAGAACUUCGCGACGAGCGAGUUCCAGCAAGUCUCCCUCCUCGGUGCACUGUCGACUGCAGGCACUAUCGUCUCUGCCGUUCUGAAACCACCCGUCGCUAAAGUGUCCGACAUCAUCGGUCGCGCAGAGACGUACUGCUUCGCAGUCGCCUUGUACAUUUUGUCGUACAUUCUUUGCGCUUCGUCGAACGAAUACAACCAAUAUGCGGCGAGCUAUAUCAUAUACUGCAUUGGGCAAACCAGCAUGCAGAUCCUGAACCAACUUAUCGUCGCGGAUAUUACGACUUCGAGGUGGAGGGGCUUGGCCAAUGGGCUUGUCAAUCUGCCAUUCAUGAUCAUCCCGUGGAUCGCGGCCUUCAUUGCGGACUCUGCGCUUAACACAGUAGGAUGGCGAUGGGGUAUCGGCAUGUUCGCCAUUAUCAUGCCUGUAUGCUCGGUUGUUGUAAUUGUGCCAUUGCUAUACUUCCAGCGAAGAAUGAAGCAGUUCGGCCAUAGUACAAAGGCGCAAGCGACUUUCCUUUCUUUCUUCUCCAAGAUCGAUGUCGGCGGAAUGACUCUCCUGGUCGCAGGUUUUGCAUUGGUCCUACUCCCGCUCGCUCUGGCUGGCACCACGCCAUCUCGCUGGGACACAGCUUGGGUUCCUGCCUUGAUUGCCGUCGGAGGCGUCUGCCUGAUCGCACUGGUCGGCUACGAAUGGAAGGUGGCUGCCCAUCCUCUUGUUCCACUUCACUUCUUCAAAAACAUCUCGCUGGUCCUGGCAUGGACCAUGGGACUCAUGGACGCCUUCGCAUUCUCCGCAACGCAUACCUACAUGUAUACUUUGGCGGUCGUCGUUCACGAGUUCAGUGUGCGCGACGCCAGUUUCUUGACCUUUACAGCAGGCUGCAUGCAAGUCCUCACAGGGCUUGUCGCAGGCGCGCUAAUGUACAAGACUCGCCGCUACAAGUGGCUGCUGGUGAUCGGCGUCGCCGUCCGCCUGCUUGGCUAUGGAGUCAUGCUCCGACUACGAGGCGCGACCAACAGUGUCGCAGAGCUAUUCAUCGUUCAGCUCAUCCAAGGCUUCGGAUCCGGCAUCGUUCUUGGCAUCUUUCUGGUUGUGGCACAAAUUGUAGUCCCCAGGAGCGAGCUUUCCCAAUCAACAGCGUUGGAACUGCUGUUCAUCUACAUGGGCAACGCUUUGGGCUCCACAGCUGCUGGAGCGAUUUACACCAACUCAUUUGCGCCUCGCCUGAGGGACUACUUGCCGAACUCGACCGACGAGCUUGUCAAUACUAUCCUUAACACUUUCACCGAAGAGCCAUUCGCGAAUGGUACUCCUGAAAGGACUGCAAUCAAUGCAGCUUACAGCGAUGUCAUGCGAUAUAUGACGUACGCUGCUCUGGGAGCGAGCAUCUUUGGCAUCAUUCUGGUCUGGUUCCUUCCUAACUUGCAACUGAGCGACAAGCACAAUCUGGCAGGCGAAAUGGAGCAAAUCAAGGCGGAGAGUUCCAAGAGAGCGGAUGAGGGUAUGCUGCGAUGGUGGUGGCGAACGGGUCGACUGUGGUGAUAAGUUUAACCAGCAUGGCUUGGGUUCCUUCGAUGUGAUUCAUGUCUGGUGUUGUGGCACGUCCACUCAGUCGAUCGCUAAUCAAACCAGUGAAUGUUAUUGACUGCUGUCAACAAUGGCUGUCCCAAGGAGAGAGGACGGGAGUCAUAGGCUAGCGUGCUCCUUUCGUCAGAAUCCUGAGCGCAUUUCGCGUAGGCAGCUUCACCAGAGCUGUGUGCGGGGCUGAUAAAGUGCAGCAGAGAUCAACUCACUUCAACCUGAUAUUGAAUAAAUGAGCCGGCUUUUAUGCU